GCGGGAUUUGGUCGAAUUCUGCGAAUAAUCAACAAUAGAUUGAUAUACAUUAAUUAAUAAAAUUUGAAUCAUUAUAGUGAAAUAGAAAGGAAACAGACGUAUCUUCAUAAAUUGUUAAUAACAUGCAGUUCUAUUCUGAAGGCGGGUUAGAGCUGUUAUCGAGAUUUAGCAAGAAAUCACGUUCGAUUAACCUCGACGACGUUCUUUUCUCAACUGAUAUCGACAACAAGAGCAUCAUAGAGAUCAUCGGGGCUCCAUCCACUGGAAAGACUGUAUUAUUGUGCCAAUUCAUAGCAAAAUGUAUACUACCCGCGCAAUAUGAGGAGAUUAAGAUCGACGGAUGCGAUGCAUGUGCGAUAUUGAUCAACACACUUGGCCAUGUACAGAUGAGUAAGAUAGCUGAAUUAAUGACGUCCAUGGUACGCGACGCAUAUCAGGUAGCUAAUGUACAACCGUCAGCCGAAACAGUAGACUAUAUAAUAAACCAAUCUCUGGAAAACUUAACAGUGAUCAGCUGUUGUAACAACGAUCAACUUCAGCUGAUUCUGCACACACUCGAAGACGAGUUUCUCAGCAACGAAAGAAUCACUUUGUUAGCUAUAGAUAAUAUACUGGCAUACUAUUGGCAGGCGAGGAAAGAGAAUAUAUUUACUAUGAAUUAUUAUGCUACAGGCUUACUUAAAAUCAUUCGGUCUCAAACUUCUCAGUUUCACACAGUGACAGUUUACACUAGAUGGGAUGGACCAGUGCCCAAUGAAUCAUAUGCGAAAUGUACAGGUACAUUAGAGAGGACAGGUGUAAAUUAUAGGCUUCAGCUUAGUAAAAGUACUAGAAUUCGUGAGUUUAUGUGUCAUGUACAAUUUACUAAUAAUGUAAAACAGAUUUAUUAUACAAUCUCUGAUUCUGGUAUAAAAUGGACGAGAUAAUAAAUAUAAAUUGAA